UCUGUCGAAUGGUUCACAAAGCACGUGUAAAAGGUGUUCCACGUUGAGUGGUAACGAGUGGUACUGUCGAGGUGUCAUGUUAGUGAUUUGUCUUGGUGGUGACGUUUUAUAACAAGAAUAGAAAGUUGGUGAUUUGUAACAGUACUCGUCAUUUCCGUGAAUUUGAAGUGAUGCGAAAUGCCUUAUAAGUGCUUUUGGAGUAUAAUUGUCCAUAUGAAGAUCUGGACACUAUGGCUUCUUUUAGUGGUUUUAUCGUUGGAUGCCGUUCAAUGCUGGGACAGCGAAGAGAUGGAGAUAUUCGAUUUGGUCGAGGAAGUUAACACAAACUUCUACACCCUCUUGGGUGUAGCUGAGAAUGCUGAUCCGGUUGAUAUUAGAAAGGCAUAUCGUCGUUUAUCUCUUGUCUUGCAUCCUGACAAAAAUGAUGCUCCAGAUGCUGAAGUUAAAUUCAGACAGUUGGUGGCUGUGUAUGAUGUGCUAAGGGAUGCAAACAGACGUAUGCGCUAUGAUGAAGUGCUCAAGAACGGACUUCCGGAUUGGCGACAAGCUAUUUACUAUUAUCGGCGUGUCCGCAAGAUGGGACUGGCAGAAAUGUCUGUUAUUUUAUUUGUGUUGGUCACAGUGGGGCAGUAUAUUGUCUCAUGGGCCGCCUAUCUUGAGAAAAAGUAUACAGCUGAACAGUUCCUGAACAUGAGAUUGAAGAAAUUGCAGAAGAAACAAAGAAAGGGCAAAUAUGAUGGACCUGCGCUUCCAACAACAAUAGUUUUAGAUAUCCCAACACCAAGUGUUCGGAACACACUGCCCUUCCAGCUGCCUCGCUGGUUAUUUUGGUUCGUUGUGGUUUUUUGUCCAAGAAGUGUUAUAAUGGUUAGAGACUAUUGGAGGGAGAGGAAGCAGAGGAAGGAACAGAAGGAGCUGGAUCAGUCGUCAGAGGAAGAGGAAGAAGUUGAAGUGGAGGUUCGUGGACCACGUCGUCGAAAAGGCAGAGUAUUCCAAGUGCCAGAAUUGGGAGCAGAAAUCCAGAGUCAACCUGGGAAGACUGAAAGUUGUUUGUUGGACCCAGAAAAAUCUCCUUCAGACUCUGCUGAUACUGAGAGUAAAUCCUCUUCAGCACUGUCUGGGGGAUUAUGGACAGAUGAUGAUAUAAUUGAAUUAGUACGUCUUGUCAAGAAGUUUCCUCCAGGUACAGCAUCCCGAUGGGAAAAGAUCGCAAAUAUGAUGGGUCGUUCUGUGGCCGAGGUGACUCACAUGGCUAAGAAAGUAAAGGAAGAUGGCUACAGAGUUGCUUCACCAACUGUAGAACAAGAACCUUUAAAACCUGCGAAAGUGAAGACAAGAAAUACAGUUAUGUCACCUGAGACUGAAUGGAGUCAGAUACAACAGAAAGCACUUGAAGCAGCCCUAACAAAGUAUCCAAAAGGAGCAAAUGCUGACCGAUGGGAGAAAGUUGCAAAAUGUGUUCCAGGAAAAAGUAAGGAAGAGUGCAUGCUUCGGUACAAACAGCUGGUGGAGAUGGUUAAGAAAAGAAAGGUGAAUGGGGCAGCUACAUCACAGCAGCCAUCUGAAGGUGGCGACGAAAUAACUGACUCAUAAAGCACCGUUAUACUCAAGUGAGAGAGAACAUGGUAUUGUGCAUUAAAUUAUUUAAUAAUUAUUGUAAUAAUGUAUAAUAUAGAACUUAAUAUGCUGUAUGUUUUUGAAAUAAAAUUUUCAAACAAUUACUGUCAUGAUUACAAGUAAAUCCUUUGACUGCUUACG